AUGAUCAAUUAACUAAAUUAAUAGCUAGAAAGAGUGGAUGACUUGAAAAGUGGAGAUAUUUGCACAGAGUUUAUAUUUGAAUAAAAAGCUAUUUUGGGAAGUGGAACAUAUGGGUAAUGAUUUAGGUUGAAUUAAUAGUAAAGUAUACAAAAUGAAGAGUAAAUUUGAUAAUCAAUAUUAUGCUGUAAAAUGUAUCAAAAAAUAAAAUGAAAAGGAAGGGGUAUAUAAUUAAAUAAUGAUAAUUAGUUUCCAAUAACUUCAUUAAGAGAAAUAAAAUUCUUAACAACAUUAGAUUAAGAGAAUGUAAUAAAAAUAAAGUAGAUUUAUACUAGAGUAAAAAAAAACAAAAAUAAAAUAAAAACAAUAAAAACUUAUUGUGCAAUGGAUUUAAUGGCAAAUGAUUUUUGGAAAUUAUUAGCGAAAAAUGAAGAAUAAAAGUUUUAUUUUACUACAAAUUAAAUUCGUAGCAUUCUUUACUAAUGUUUUAAAGGACUUUAAUAUAUACAUUCAUAAAAUAUAAUUCAUAGAGAUAUAAAGAGUGCAAAUAUUUUAGUGAAUGAAAUAGGAGUAGUGAAAAUAGCUGAUUUUGGUUUAGCAAAGUUUUGUCCAAAAAAAGAGGGAGUAAAGAAAACUCCAACAGUUGUUACAUUAGGUUAUAGAGCACCAGAAGUAUUAUUAACAAGAGGAUAAUAUAACUUUUAAAUAGAUGUUUGGAGUAUGGGUUGUUUUGCAGUAGAAUUAAAUUUUAAUAGACCAUUAUUUAAAGCUAAAGAUGAAGCUUAACAAAUAUAACAAAUUUUUGAAAAAUGUGGAACACCUACAGCAGAAACUUGGCCAGAAAUAAUGAAAUCUGAUUACUUUAUUAAACUUAAUCCUUAAAGAUAUGAUAGAAAGUUUAUAUCAUCAAUAAGAAAUAUGAAAAAAGAUUUUGAUGAUGAAUUAUUAGAUUUGUUAGAUAAGAUUUUUGUAUUGAAUCCUAAUGUUCGUCUAACAGUUGAAUAAGUAUUAUAGCAUCCAUUCUUUAAAAAUCACAAUUUGAAUCUGUGUUUUGAAUAAUUUUAAGAAUAUUUAAUAAAAAGAAAUGUAAAUUUAGAAAAGGUUAUUACAUUAAUUUAGAAACCUGUUCAAAAAGAUAUAGAUUUUAUUAUAUGA